GAAGCAGUAAAAUAAGAAAACAGACUACUUCGAAAUGGAGAUGGCCUCUCUUUGAUCCUCUGUUUACCACAUAGGACUGGGAAAAAUCAACGGGUUUUAUUAUCUAGAGUUCUCUAUCUAACUCUAUGGUGCUAACUUUCCACUUGGCUACAAACGCAGCAUCAGACAAAAAAACAGACUUACGGUAGGCGACAAAAGACAAAGUAGUUAGUCACAAAGCCUAGAUGUCAAUCUAGACGUCUCAGGAUGAGGAAGAGGACUGCUGACCGUGACUCCAAGAAGCAGAAGACUGCCGAAGAUGAAGCUGGUGUGUCAUCGAGUGCGCAGCCGAGACCUAGCUCCCGUUUGCUGUGGUGGUUCAAAAGAGGUCUCCUGGCCGUAUGUGUCAUUUAUGUUUCUGUGCCUUUCAUGAUGCGACUGUUCCCUGACAUCAUAAAACACCUGGUGUAUUCUCACAGAGUCAGGGUCCCAUUCUUUGUCAACCUUAGCCAGCCAGCUGACCUGUCUCUUAACCACACAGUGAACAUGUACCUUCAAUCUGAGCAAGGGAUCUCAUUGGGUGUAUGGCACACAGUCCCUGAAAGUCAGUGGAAGGAGGCACAGGGAAAGGAUUUGGAAUGGUACCAAGAUUCUUUGGGAGCUGGAAUUCCGAUUAUCAUUUAUCUUCAUGGCAAUGGAGGCACAAGGGCAGCAAGUCACCGUGUGGGAGUAAUAAAUGUGCUGAGUUCAAUAGGUUACCAUGUUUUGGCUUUGGACUACAGAGGUUUUGGGGACUCCACCGGAGAGCCCACUGAAGUUGGUCUCACCACUGACACCCUCUACUUGUACCAGUGGGUAAAAGCCCGCAGUGGGAGCAGUCUGGUGGUAUUAUGGGGACACUCCCUUGGCACUGGAGUGGCCACUAAUACUGCAGUCAAACUAAUGGAACAAGGGAUUGUUGUUGAUGGUGUGAUCAUUGAGGGAGCAUACACCAACAUUCGACAGGAAGGUGCCCAUCAUCCGUUUGGCUGGUUUUAUUGGACGUUCCCAGGUUUUGAGUACUUUUUCCUGGACACAAUGGCAGAAAACAAUGUCAUCUUCCCUAAUGAUGAAAACUUGAAGAGGAUGAGGAGUCGUCUUCUGAUCCUUCAUGCAGAGGAUGACCACAUAGUGCCCAUCCACAUGGCACAGCAGCUGUAUGAAAUAGCACAGAGUGCACAGAACUCGGAGAAUCAGGUAAAGAUGAUACCGUUCGCCGGAGCCCUUGGGUACCUUCACAAUGGAUUAUACAAAGACCCUCGCCUGCCAGACAUCAUCCGGGAAUUUGUACAUACAUUGGCCCCCUAAUCCAGUGACCUAUGCAGAAGAGCCUUUGGACAUCAAGUGUUUCAACAUAACUAGAGGACUGCAAAUCCUAGAUGCACAGUUUGCACAUAAAUGUGUCUCUUUACCUUAUGGCAAAUCAAUAGGGUAAACCUCAAUCACAUGGUCCAAUCAUUGACCUAAUAUCAGAUAAAAGUUACAUUGUUAGGAAUGUAAAGCACUUACUUAGCCGAAAGGACUGGGGAGGGAGAGAGUCUGAGGUCCAGCUCUGGGCUGAGAGGUCCAAUGCAUUAUUAUCUAGCUAUAGCCUAUGUGCAAAUUACAAAACUUCUGAGAUGGAACCAAUGAAUUUGUUGACUGUCAGUAUGUUGCCUUUCUAUGAAUGAUAAAUGUGAAGAAUGAUGACUAAUCAAUGUUUAAAGUGUCAAGCUUAGGUGAAAUCUUUGAGUUGAUUACAGAAAGGUUACUGCUGUAAACUUUUAUUUUUGGCUAGUAUUAUCCCCAGAUUCCAAAAUCAUGUUUGCAAGUACAAAUAAAACCUGAUCAACGCUCAUGAAUCUUA